CCAUGACUCCAAUCCCCAUUUGCCUUGGAAAGGCCUCGACAAUCCCCGCUGUGUUUAGACUGGAUACAACUUGUCAUUUUACCCGAACGUGCUCAGCGAUUGAUUGUAUGUCAAAGUCAAACUCAUUUUUUAACUCUAAUGCCAGAUUCCAUGAUUGCAGCUUAGUGGGCUUUCUCAGCAGUGAAGAUUGAAGAAGAUGCAUAAUGGGCUGUGACACUUAUAUAGCAACUUCCUUUUCCUCCACCGUUUUGGGCGACCCCUUCUCUAACGACCUGCAUUAAUGACAAAUCGGUACAUCCAAACCAAACCCUCCCUUCCAUUGUGGGAUCUUUGUCUAUCAGAUUCCACUUGCAACAAAAUAUCAUAAGGAGUCUGCGCGUCACCAUUUAUGACCUCUAAUGGCCGUUCGAUGUAAAUACUAAAGCCAACAAAAACAGAUCGUAAUGCGCCACCUGUACCCUUACCAGAAAACAGCAUGACCUUAUCAUGAAAUAUCGGCAUAUGCGGUCCAUAAUAAUAACCCUCGUCAACAGCCAUCAUAGUGUGAAAGAAGCUAAGAAAUUCCACAAAGUCCACAAUCCCUUCUAAUCCGAUCCAUCGAAGAAAAAUGGGAAUCGUUGAACAAGCACACAACGUCAAGGUAGUUGGAUCAGGCGAGAGAGUCAUAGUUCUUGCUCAUGGAUUCGGCACAGAUCAGUCCGUGUGGAAGCACUUGGUGCCGCAUCUCGUUGACGAUCACCGCGUCAUUUUGUACGAUAACAUGGGCGCUGGUACUACGAAUCCCGAUUACUUCGAUUUCAAUCGAUACACCACUCUUGAAGGCUACGCCUAUGAUUUGCUCGCCAUUUUGGAGGAAUUGCAGGUGGAAUCCUGUAUUUAUGUUGGCCACUCCGUCUCUGCCAUGAUCGGUGCCAUCGCUUCCAUCACUCGUCCAGAUCUCUUCGCCAAACUCGUCAUGAUCUCUGCUUCUCCAAGGUACUUGAAUGACGUGGAAUACUUCGGAGGAUUUGAACAGGAAGAUCUAGACCAACUAUUUCAGGCUAUGCAGGACAAUUACAAGGCAUGGUGUUCCGGGUUUGCGCCACUAGCCGUGGGCGGAGACAUGGAAUCGUUGGCGGUGCAGGAAUUCAGCCGGACCCUGUUCAACAUGAGACCGGACAUAGCCCUUAGUGUGGCUCAAACCAUAUUUCAGAGCGACAUGAGGCAAAUACUGCCUCUAGUCACGGUUCCUUGUCACAUAAUUCAAAGCAUGAAGGACUUGGCUGUACCGGUUGUGGUGUCUGAAUAUUUACAUCAGAAUCUUGGUGGGGAGUCAAUUGUUGAGGUCAUGUCGUCGGACGGUCACCUGCCGCAACUGAGCUCGCCGGAUGUUGUGAUUCCGGUGCUUCUCAAUCACAUUCGCUACAAUAUUGUGCAAUAGCUCUGUUUCAUUUCUUGCUUAUAUUUUUAUCUUUAGUGGUCCUGUAAGUGUUAUUAAAGUCGCUUUUAAUUGUCAUAUGAUACGUUACCGUCAAGAUUGAGAGAGACUUUUAAUUAUGUGAUGCUGGUUAAAUGUGAAUGGGAAUUAGAAGUUAAUUUUUAAAA